AUGUAAGUUAGGAAACCAAACGUCUCAUCAGUUUCGGCGCCAAAUAUACCUGUAAAUACACAUUUCUUUUUUCUCCUCUCUCAUGGCGAUGCUUGAGGGUUCUAUUGACGAAAACCCUGGAACCUGCACGGUUCUGAGUGGGAGAAGCUUCAUUGGUAGAUCGCUAGUCUUAAAGCUUUUAAAAUCGAAGAAAUGGAUCGUGAGGAUCGCUGAUUCUGCUUCAUCUUUGAAUCUUGAUCUCGUCGAAAAUUCUGUUCUAUCCGAUGCGAUUUUAACAGGUCACGCUUCGUAUUUCCAAGUCGAUGUUCGAGAAAAGUCUCAGAUUAUCAGAGCCAUUGAAGGUUCAUGUGUGGUAUUUCACGUGGACGCAACUGAUUUAACCAUCACUGAUUUCUAUCACCAGUAUAUGAUCAAUGUUCAAGGUACAAAAAAUGUAAUCAGUGCUUGCCGAGAAUGCAGAGUUAAGAGGCUUAUUUAUAACAGUUCGGCAGAUGUUGUUUUUGAUGGUAUACAUGAUAUAUGUGACGGGGAUGAGUCUAUGCCAUUACCUUGGCGGUUUAGUGACACAUUAAGUGAGUUAAAGGCUCAAGCAGAGGGACUAGUGUUGUUUGCAAACACUAUUGAUGGUCUGUUAACAUGUGUAUUACGGCCUAGCAAUGUUUUCGGACCUGGAGAUACAUAUCUCGUAUCUUUUCUUGUGAAAGGAGCAAAAUCUGGCUGGGCUAAGUUUAUUGUAGGAAAUGGUAAACAUAUGUGUGAUUUCACCUAUGUUGAGAAUGUUGCCCAUGCUCAUAUCACUGCAGAAGAAGCUUUGUGCUCUCGGGUGGCUUCUGUCGCUGGAAAGGCAUUUUUCAUUACUAAUCUUCAACCAAUGAAAAGUUGGGAUUUCUUGUCUCUCAUGUUGGAAGGCUUGGGACCUCAAAGGCCAACAAUCCAUCUUCCUGCUUGGAUGGUAUGGUCCAUUCUUGUGCUUGUCAAGUGGGCACUCGAGAAAGUGGGGGACCAGAGGAAUGCUUAUUCAUUAUUGACUCCUGCUCUUUUUCAAUUACUCUCACGCACCAGGACUUUCAACUGCUCUAAUGCUCAAAAGCAUUUUGGAUAUUCACCAAUUGUUUCCCUUGAUGAAGGGAUUGCAUUAACAGUUGAGUCAUUCCUUCACUUGGCAGAAGAAUCACCUUCAACAAUUUACCAGGACUUGAGUGAACCAUCAAAAGCUGAUAGACUGCUAGGAAGCGGAAAAGUUGCUGACAUACUUUUGUGGAGAGAUGAGAAGAAAACAUUCACUUAUUUUCUUGCAUUGGUACUGUUGUUUUACUGGUAUCUCCUUUCUGGAAGAACUUUUAUUUCCUCCACAGCGAAGCUUAUGCUGCUAUUGUCAGUCAUCCUUUUCUGCCAUGGCUUUCUACCAUCGACAAUGUUUGGUUUCCCCAUCCAAAGAAUGUCUUCUUCUUAUUUCGAGAUCUCGGAAACAACGAUUAAAGAUGCAUUUAUGCCCCUAGCAUCCUUAUGGAAUAGAUGGGCUCUCACGUUAAAGUCAUUUUCCCGAGGAGGCGAUUGGAAUACUUUCUUCAAGGUGGGAGUGUAUUUGUAUUUUCUGAAGUUGCUCCUCUCAUUUUCAUUCUCUGCAGUUGUUGGUGUAGCGCUUGUCUUGGCAUUCACUAUAUUCUUUUUAUAUGAGCAAUAUGAAGAGGAACUUGAUAGACUAAUGGAGUCUUCUUCCCUUGGUUUAAAGAAACUAAAGGGGUUGUUAAUUAGAAGCUUGCCAGUCUCCUUGGCGUCAUUUCUUCAUGAUUACAUGGGUAAAGAUGAGGUACAUGAUGCUGUGAAAGAUCACAAAUUCUAGGUUUAAUAACUUGACAGUUUUUCAUCUCAUUAUACCUACUAUCGGAGAUUGGUUUGUGAGCUCCAGCCAGCUGGACCAAGCUAAAGCCAUUAAGUUCCUUGCCCAUGGUACAA